ACAGACAGACUGGCAAAAACAGCAGUAGCCACAGCGCUGACCAGUUCUAAUGGGCACGGCAGGGAAGCCGCCGGCGCAGCCGGAGCCCGCGUCGGUGGCGGCGGCGAGGAAGCUGCACCUCCUCCUCCGCUCCCGCGACCUGCGCCCGGCGCUCGAAUACCUCAGCUCCCUCCCCUCGCCGCUCACCCUCCUCCCCAACCACGCCCUCAACGCCCUCCUGCGCGCGCUCGCCGCCGCCGGCCGCGUCCGCGCCGCCACCGACCUCUUCCGCCGCAUCCCCGCGCCCACCGCGCACUCCUUCAACUCCCUCCUCGCCGCGCUCCUCCGCCGCGGCCGCACCCGCGCGGCCAACGCCGUCCUGGCCGCCUUCCUCCGCUCCCCACGGGCCACGCCCGACGCCGCCACCCUCAACACCCUCCUCCACGGCCUCUCCACCGCCUCCCCGCGCCCGUCGCCUCCCGCACUCGUCAGGCUCUUCCGCUUCCUGCCGGAGACCUACGCCUUCGCCCCCGACGCCAUCUCCUACAACUCGCUGCUCUCCGCUCUAUGCCGCGCCGGUGACCUGCAGGCCGCGCGCAAGCUGUUCGACAAAAUGCGCGUCGGAGAAAAGGAUUGCAAAGCUUCUGUGUCUCCCAAUGUCAUCACUUACACGACCAUGAUCAAGGCGUACUGUGUAAGGGGCCUGGCCGACGAGGCGCUCGCGGUCUUCAACAUGAUGGCUGCGGAUGGUGUGGCGCCGAACAGGAUCACCUACAACACGAUGAUCCAGGGGUUCUGCGAGGCCGGCAGGAUGGAACUGGUGAAGGGGUUGCUGGAGACAGACUCGUUUAAGCCAGACACGUGCACAUUCAACACACUGAUGUCCGCACAUUGCGGCGAAGGGCGGAUCAGGGAGGCGAUGGAGGUGUUCGGCCAAAUGGCGGAGCUCCGUGUGAGUCGUGACUCUGCAAGCUAUAGCACGGUGAUCAGGGCGUUGUGCGAGAACAGGGAGUUCGUGAAGGCUGAGGCGCUUGUGGAUGAGCUUUUGGAAAAGGAGGUGCUCACGAAACGAGGGGGUUGUGUACCGCUCAUUGCGGCAUACAACCCAGUUUUUGUGUACUUGUGUGAGAAUGGGAAGGCAAAGAAAGCAAGGGUGCUGUUUGGGCAAUUGUUGGAUCGGAGGAGCAAGGUCGACUUUGCUGCAUUCAAGACAUUAAUUCUAGGGCAUUGCAAGGAGGGAGAUUUUGAAGAAGGGUACCAGCUGGUGCUCUCAAUGUUGAAGAGGGAUCUUGUGCCUGAUGAUGAAUGCUACAUUGCCAUCGUAGAGGGAUUUUCACAGAAAGGAAGGAUGAAGGUUGCAUGGGAGGCCCUACACAGGAUGCUGAACAGUGGUCUCCGGCCUAGCACAAGCACGUUCCACUCGGUUCUUUUAGGACUUCUGAAAAAAGAAGGUUGUGCAAAAGAAGCUGCAGACUUGAUUGAGAUAAUGCUAGAGAGGAAGAUUCGCCAGAAUUUGGAUCUUUCGACCAAUACGAUUGACGCAUUGUUCAAAAGCAGCCUAAAUGACCGUGCUUACAAAAUCAUCACAUCUCUAUAUGACCAAGGCUAUUACAUCAAGAUGGAAAAAUUAAUCGCGGACCUCUGCGAGGAAAAGAAGUUCACAGAGGCAGCCGAACUUACCUUGUUUAGCUUGCAGAAGCGUCAUGAUUUGGGCGUGUCGAUAUCCAGUACGGUUCUGGAUGGCCUUUGCACAACUGGUAGAGCUUCAGAUGCGUUCCGGCUUUUCUACAAACUCAUUGAGAGCGGAAGCAGUUCUGCUGCCGUUGAACCUCGCAGUUUGGUUGCACUUCAUCAUGCGCUUGAUGAAGAUGGAAAACAGAAAGAAGCUGAUUUUGUUGCUAAACAAAUGAGGCGUGCGGCUGCCAGAAUUAGGGAAAUGGUCUAAAAGAGUUAGCAUUGUCCCAGGAACCAAUUCAAACUCUACGGUCUAUGCUGCUCCAGCCUUGAACAGAGACCAGGAUGCAGAAGCUGGACUUCCAAGCUCUCGGCUUGAUCAACUGCCUGACAAGAAAUGGAUCGUUGAGGAAUGUUAGAUGUUGUAAGAACGCAGACAGCAGAUCAAAUCAAUCUAUGCUCAACCAUCCUUAGAAUGGUUUGCUUGGGCCAUUUCUUCUCAACGGUUGCCCUAUCCAUCUUUCAGAUGAAAUGCAGUGAUCGAAAACAAGACAGCAAACUACUAUGAAGACCUUGAAGAGCAGGUUCGCUGGAGAUCAAAGCGUGCGUAAACCCUACAAUCGCAUUAGGCAAAAGAUCCAUACGAGCUAUGUUGAACUUGGUGAGUUUACGGUAAUGGCAUUUGCCACGAAAUGUACACAGUUCUUUGCAGUGUGCAAGUCCUCAUCCAUGGCGCUCUUUUUAUCUUGCGGGAAGUACCCCUGUUGUUGCGAGAUUCUCCUCAUACAGUUAGGGAGCUAAACAUGGAUGUGUGGAAGUGAUUUCAUCAUCUCAAGUAUUCUUGCUCGGAGGAUCCGACUGUGCAAGGCAUGCUGAAGACCCAACCUUGUUCGGUAUGAACAGGGAUCUCAAAGACGAAACCAGGUCCUUUUUUCUUUGUUGCAAAACACCAGUUUAUAUUAGAUCAUUAGCAAGAAUGCCCGGGAACUUGUUUUCAGUGCCAAGAUAUAAGUUCUUUUUUCUAGGCAGAAAUGGGAGUUCACAUAAUCCUAGGAAAUUAGAUUGCAAUUCUCAUUAUCUGAUAUAACAAGUUAUCAUGUUUAGUUGCAUCA